AUGAGCUUGCUGAAAAAGACUUCUGACUUAUUUGGCUCACUUGGCAAGCGUAAGUCUGAUGAUGAAGGACAGAAAUAUGCACAAGAAUUCAAACAAAUGGUUAAUAAUCUCAAGAAAGAAGGGACACCUCAGGAAUGUGUGUUUUUCUUUCUAGAACAUUUAACUAGGCGACCACAAGAAGAGUUAAAAUCCUACAAGUUGGAAAAAGAGUUAACAAAUCUCGCAAUUAAAUAUUUGCCAAACGUGAUUAAAAGUAUUUCUGACUUGGCCGUUAUUGGAGAAGCAAUCACAUUUUUAAAUAUCGCAGUAAAACUCUUCCAACCUGAUGCCAAACUUAUACUUUUACAAUUAGAUUUAAUUGUUGCUAUAAUGAAUACAGAUACAGUAGAAAUCUUAGACCUUACAUCAGAUUUCAUACAUUCGUUUAUGGAAGAUAAGCAUUUUCUCAGUUUUAUGUUAAAUGGAGAUUCAUUAGCUCGCAUUUGGGACGCGUGCUUUGUUUUACAUGAAAAUACAAAUGCAUUCUAUGGAUCUGUACUUCUUGCAGCUAUCAAUUCUCACGAAUUUAAGAAUUACGAGUUAAUCGAACCUCUUAUCAACGUUUCUCGUCAAGCUAUUCUUAAUUGUAAACUCACACCAAAAACAAUACCAAAUGCAUUAUCAUUUAUCGGAUAUUCUAUCUCAAAAAUCGAUACUGGAUCUUACAUUGACGAAAUUUUGCCAACAAUCGUUGAUCUUGCACCUCUACUGACCAGUCUUCAGUUUUUUGAGAACUUUUUACGAGCACCAGUUCAAAAUAAACUCAUUGUUUGGAAUACUUUAAAUGAAAUCAUUUCUAAUCCGAAAAUUUCAUCACUAUCUGUUAAAACAGCAUUAAUAGCCAUUCACAAUGCGAACUGCUUCCCUCCAAAGACGUUUUCUUUCGUUCCUUUCAUAAGAUGUGUAAAAGAUUUUCCUCCUGGCAUUCAGAAGAUGUUAUUCGAUGUUUUGUUACAAGUUCCAAGAGUUGUAAGAGCACAGUUCUUCUGCAACGUCUCUCCAUUGAAAGAAACUCAAGUUUCAACUUUGGGAUUAUCAACUAUGGUUUCUCAAGACAAAUGGGACCCAUAUACAGAGAAAAUGUUACAGUCAUUCUUCCUGGAGAGCAAACCCGCCAUUUUGCAUCAAUAUUUGAAAGAUGAUCCUUAUAUAAAUAUUAUUGCGUCAACAUUAUUAGAUCAAUUGAAGUCAGAUUCACAAGUAGCUGUUGGAUUGUUCGGAAGAUUCAUGGCUUAUGCAAUUGAAGGAACAGAGCUUGUUAUGCCGUUAAUUAUCAAAAUUAGCCAAAGAAUUCCUCCUUCUUCUUACAUGGACUCGUUCAUAGGCUUUGUAGAUAGCGGUGUACCACCAUGUAUCUACCAAGGCUUAAUUAGUACAGUCAGAAAAGUUGAUUCUUUCAGUUCUACUUUUAUAAGAUGCGGAGGCUGCCGCGCGCUAUCUAAAAUUGUUGAGUCUACGGAUGGAAUUAAUUUCCUGUCAGCGUUGGCCUGCGACGGCCCUUAUCACGAAAUUGAUGAUUUUAUUCAGAGGGAAUUUGACAACUGCAACUUGUCGAAGCAGCCAAAUGAUGUAUUGACAAGACUCAUGAUGGCCGUCCCAACAGAUACAAAUUAUCCAGGAUAUAUCAGAAUUCCGUCUUUAUGCGCUCAUGUCGAUCCAGUUCCGAUUUAUUCCCCAUACGAUAUGUUCAUAUUUGGAUCUACUGGUCCGCACUUCAUGAAAAUGGAGAAAAACCACUUAACUCAAGUUGUCGGCAGAUUUAUUUCAUCACAACAAGUUUCAACUGUUUGCGAUGACCCUGAAUUACUCACAGCAGCAACUUCUACUGACAUUCCUCAUACUUCUCUCUAUCAAUUUCACCCUGCUGCAAGAAAAUCAACAGCUCAGGCCAUUUUGACGCCUUCUUUCUCAUUCUGGGUAUACGUUGCUGACUUUUUAGGCAAAACUAUCAUAGCAACUCUUGGUGGCGAAGAAGCAUUUAAGAUUGGAUUGGAAGGAAUCAGCGUUUUUGGCCAAGAACCGAUCGAAUUCUCCAUAAAGCAAUGGCACUUAAUAACAUUAGUCUCAACAGAUAAACUCCAGUACAAAACAACGUUUUACAUUGAUGAUAAACAAGUUCAUCAAGUUUUCAGGAUCUAUGAGAGAAUUACUUUUGGUUCUGAGACCGAAAACAACUCAAUCUGGUACCUUUCGACCACUUUCCCUCACUCAACGAACGAAUUUACUAUGGAUGACAUUAAAAAUAACAUCAAAGAAGGUCCAACGUCGCCAAUGCACUUCGACAACAUAAACAUCAACUCAGGUGUGAAGUUUGUUCCAUACAGAGGUGUCGUCAAAUACAUCCACGCGCUGGGUGGCCCAGAUUUCAUAUUUUUAAGGUUACUCAAAUGCGACCAAACGGAGACAUUUUUACUUUACUUGCAAUGUGCGUUCAAUUUAUUAAGUUUGCGUGUGAUAACUCGGAAAGAUUUCUUUUCAAGUAUCAGAUAUAUCCUUUUACAGAAGCCAGAGAUGUAUACAAAGCAAGUAGAAACAAUUAUAAUGUUCGAACUCGCAUCAAAAGAAGGUUUGAACUGGGAUUCGAUCAAUUCUUUGUUUUGUGAUUUCGGAUUCCUUACAAGUUCUAUUGUUUCUCUUAAUUUCGUAUGCCAAGGACUAAGUGAAAGCAGAUUACCUCUCAAAGCCUUGCCAUUGAUCAAUUACGCCAUUGAUUCCUUUGUUUUCUUUGAUUUGACAGAAACGGCCGAACAAAAUUUCUUCAAACUCUUAGAAAGCUACAUAAAAGUCCAUCCAGAACUUCUCCGCAAGAAUAUUCUCACAAUCAUCGCUCUUCCUUAUUCUAAUUCAGAUGAUAUCGAAGGAAUUUACGACGAAAAAAGGUUCCAGAAGCAGAAGAAGCUUUUAGACAUAUUACUCGCUAACUACAAAUUGUUUGCAUUGAAUGUUUCUUCGACAUUGGCUUUCACAGCUAUUUCUUUGCUUCAUAGUGAUUUGGCUGUCAAAAUUUUCCAUUUUGUGGCAAAUAUAAUCGCAAAAGUGCCAAAUUACUACGAUAAAAAAGAUUUCAAACUCAUCAAACAAUUUAUCAGAAAUAAUGUGUCAAGACCAAGUGUUUGGAGAUCAAUUUUAACAGUGUUGACAAGUGUUAGACAUAAACAAAUCGAAGACUAUUUAAGUGAAAAAAUCUUUAGAUUGGAUUUGUAUCAAACAUGUCUCGAUUUCUUAUGCGAUUUGUUACCAAUUGAUUUGGCAAAUGGAGCAAAAAGCGACAGUCUAUCGUUCAAGAUUUUACAUCUUUUAUAUUCAUAUGCGAUGACACAUCAAAUAUCAUUUGUUUCAAUUGCAAAAACAGUAUCAAGAUUAUGCACUUUCGGUUAUGACGGGCGUGAAUUGACAAAUUUACCAUUUAUUGCCCCAAGUGAUGACAAAACUCCACACACAGUUCCAGUCAAAUCUCCUCGCAGAAGAGGAUUUUCAUGGUCCGAUGUCAGGAAAUCAAUUGGAGGAGAGUCAUCGAAACAAACAAUUUAUGGACCAACAAUAACUCAAGAAUUGGAUUCAGAAUUAUAUUUGAAAACUUUACAAUACUUCUCAAAUAUGCAAUUCAAUGAUAAUUUGGUCGAACCACCAAAAUACGAACCAAUCAAUCCACCUGAAGAUUUUGAGAAGUUCUUACAUUCUGAUGUAGGAAACUUAGUUGUUGUUAUUGCCGUGAAAGUUCUUUUAGAAGCAGCAAACGAUUAUUCUUUAUUCAAAAAGAGUUUGCCGAUGAUAACCGUUUUCGGAUCAGAUGUUAUUCCUGAAAUUGCUGUUUUAAUGCAUCGUAGAAUCAUCCUUUCUUUUGUAGAGAGAUUGGGCGGAAUUGCUUUGGAUCCUUUCAACUCUUUCGUUGAAUUUUUGAGUUUCAGAGUUAUAGAAGGAUGGUGGGAAGGACAUAUUGAAGAAUUAUUCACACAAGUAUUAAAACAUUUGAGCAGUAAAGUUAAGUUUGCAGCACAGUUCGUUUUGGCUUGUAUUGGACAGAAACAAUCUCCAGAAAAUUUGAUUUUGUUGGCUUCUGAAUUUGCUCAAACUGAUUUAUGCAAAUCUUUAUCACAAGAUAUGGAGUUUUUGACAUGUUUCUUGAGAUUAGUUGUUACGAAAGAAGUUGUAGAACAUGAGUUAUCAUUAACUCUUUGGCUUUUAUUGCAGAAUACAUUGCCGCAAUCAUCAUUUACCGAUGCAUUACAAAGAGGAAAACAAAUGGAAUGGAUUGAAAAUUCUCAAAAAGAAUUUUUCGGAUUAUAUCUUUAUAUUUUAGAUGCUGCAAAAACUAAUACACAACAGCUCUUGCAGACAAGAAUUGCUUUGUCUAAAGUGUCAAGACAAACUAAAGAGAACCAACUCAACAAAACAAAUUUGAGCCAAAUCGCUAUAAUAAGAAGAGCGAUGAGAUACGAAUUCUUCUACAGAUUAAACAAGAAAUCUCUUGAUUUAGAUGAAGCCAUUUCCAGAUUAUACAGAGCUUAUGCAAGAGAGAAACAGAUUGACCAACCAUCUGUUAAAGUACAAGUUGCAAAUGCUCCUCAUCCUUUGUCUGUUCCCCAAAAACUAGUUCCUCUUUCUUUCGAUUACGAAGUUAAAUGCGAAAAAGAUCCGAAAGCGUCGAAAUUAAUGCCAAGAUCGAACCAUUUGAUCAAUCUUAACACGGAAAUCUCUGAGCUCAAAAUAGAACAGAUGGCGCCAAUGUGUUUGGAUGGAUGGGCUGUUCCACCUUUCAUUCCGUACGGUUUGGCAGGUUUGGCUGAAGAAUAUUUCAAUGCCAAAGAAAAAUUGUUUAGUUGUAAACUAUUGAAUACAACUGAACCAUUACCAUGUGUUGCGGCGAUGAAUGACAAGCAGAUAACAUUUAUUUUGUACGCGAGUAUGACUGAUGGCAACUUGAUGAUGCAUGAGAAUUCUCAGUUGUUGUGUCAUUACGCUUUAAUUGAAUCCGCUGUCAGAGGAUUUAAUGGACAAAGUCAGUUGUUUGUCAAUCAUCCGACAUUGACAUUUCCUUUCGAUACAAUCACUGUUUGUGUGCCAAGGACUUAUGAAUACAGUGAUAUUGCGUUGGAUGUUUUCACGGCAAAUGGAUUUUCUAUGACGAUUUUGUUGGAUGAAACACAUAGAAAAUACAUAAUGAAUCAGAUCAAACAGACAAAGAAGGCAAUUCCUGCUUUAGGACCAACGUUUUCUGCAUAUUUGAUGCAGUUACAACCAGAAAAUGUUGCUAAGAUGUGGUCGAAACAUCAAUUAAGUACAUUGGAUUAUUUGUUGUACUUGAAUGCAAAAAGUGGUCGCUCAUUUAAUGAUUUUAGCCAAUAUCCUGUUUUCCCAUGGGUUAUUUCUGAUUAUACAAGUGAAAACCAACCAUCAGAACUUAGAGAUUUAACGAAACCAAUGGGAAUGUUAUCAGAACCUCGCGCACAGAAAUACAGAGAAAUGUACCAAGAAACAGAUCCUCCUUAUAAUUACGGAACACAUUAUUCAUAUCCAGCAGCAGUUCUCCAUUACAUGAUGAGAUUGGAGCCAUUCACAUUGUUCAAUGUUAUGUUACACAGCGGUUUCGAUCACAGAGAUAGAUUGUUCUGUGAUUUAUACGAAAGUUACAGAGGAGCAAGUGGCGCAAAUCAAGCUGACAUCAAAGAAUUAAUUCCACAGUUUUACGUUUUACCAGCAAUGUUCACUAAUCCAAAUGGUUUGCCAUUGAAACAGAGAACAGAUGGACAUGACUUGGAGAACGUAAAAUUGCCUCCAUGGGCGAGAGAUGCAGAUGAUUUUGUUUGGAAGAUGAGAUCAGCUUUGGAAUCAAAUCAAAUCAGAGAAACAAUUCCUGAUUGGAUUGAUUUGGUCUGGGGAUACAAAUCUCGUGGACAAAACGCUGUUGAAGCUAAUAAUGUCUUCCAUCCAUUGGCUUACGGUUUCACAAAUAAUCCACCAACACAAAGUGAUUUAGAUGUAAUUAAUAAUUUCGGUCAAUGUCCCCAACAAAUUUUCACUUCACCUCACAUUAGAAGUGAAAAUAUUCCAACAAAUUUGAUUAUUGAUGGACCAACAAGGACAGCAUCUAUCAAGACACUCAAAGCAGACAAUGCACACUUGUAUGUUAUGGAUGGAGAAGUUUAUGCUCUUCCUAAUUUAGCUCAUAAAAUCGAAAAACUCGAAUUUUCGGUCAAAGAAAGAUUUUUCUUUGUCCAAGGAGAAAAUCCACAAUAUGAUGAUUCAUUGUUUGAUGUAUCUAAUACAGCAUUGUCAAGAGAUUACACAUUGUUAAGUGUUGCAAGUGAAAGUGGCUUUGUUUUGAAUUAUUUGAUUAAUUUAACUAGUUCGCCACACUUUUCCAUUUUGUCUACAUGUUACAUUCCAGGUGCCGCAUUCAAAGCAGUUGCAGUUUCAACACACAUCGGAAUUGUUACUGCAAGCACUCCAACAGAACUGUUUUUGUUUGAUUUGGCUACAGGAUUGAUGAUGAAACGUGUUUCAAUUGAUGAACGAAUUAUCCGAAUUUCCAUUGAUGACAAUCACGGUCGAAUCUUCACUGCAUCAUCACGUAAAGUUUGUAUCUAUAAUACAAACUUAGAUUUACGUGUUUCACAUGAAUCUCCUAUUGCCAUCACAACUAUUUCUGUUGGUCAAUACUUCGAAUGGUCUGAUGCAACUAUGCAUGUUACAGGACAUGUUGAUGGUUCUGUUUAUGCAUGGAUCUGCAACAAAGACAACAAGUUUGAGUCUAAGAUCUUGAUGCGUGCCAUGAAUUUACCGAUUACAUCAUUGUCAGUCAUUUGCAAUGGUAAAGCAAUUAUUGCUGCUGACAUCGAAGGUGAUGCUGCAUUUUGUGCAUGCACAGACAUUGGUCCAGUUAUCAAAGCACAGUGUUUCUCGGCAUGUGCAUUAUGUACACAACCAUUAGUUAAUGGCUCAGUUUGCAAGAUCUGCGGUAUGCCCGUUUGCAAAGAAUGUCGUGAAGCACGAGGUCUUUGCUCUGCCUGUUCAGCCAAAGUUGGCAGCAGCAUUGAAGUUCCUGUCAGCAACGACGAACAGAAUUGA